GCGACAACGUUUGGACGACGACGACGACGACAGCAGCACUGCUGGAUGCUGGAAGAACUCCGCUGACAUUCAAGCGAGAUUGCAUCCUGAAAGCUUCUGAAAGUCACACAAUCUUCACGCCAACCAAGUGAAGAAAUCCCCCUCUCCGACAUCGUAGAAAGCUUCUGACGACAAACGACCCGCACUACUGAACACUGCUGCGAUUGAAUGCCAUUAUCGGCGACGACGGUGUCGGUGUUGGUGGUAGUGGAGCAACAGCUUCUGCCCGUUGAAAGGAUAAUGCCAAUAAAAUAAUUGUCCCACAGGAGGAGAAGGAAGAGGUUUGAAGAGCGUAUGAAGGUGGAGAGAAAGAAAGAAACGGUGGUGGAAGGGCGGACUGCCGUCGGUGGGCGUCGGAGAGGUUCUGCGGUAGUGGCGGUCGCACGCCGGAAAAGGCACAAUUCCAUCGCCAAAAUGACACUGUACUGGUGGAAGCACUGGUUCUGGAUCACCGUGUUUGCAG